AUGUCCAGUUUAAAUAUAUUAAAUAACAUAUCAAAUAAAUAUUAUAAAGCUUGUUUCGCUGCUUAUGUUGGCGAUUUUGAUAAUUUUUAUAAGAAUUUCAUUGGUACUGAAUUAGUAUAUUUUCGUGGAUAUAAGGAUGAUGAAGUUAAAUUGGGAGAGCUUGAUUUAAAUAAUGCUUUAACUUAUUAUAUUUCCAGAGGUUGUAGGUUUAGUUUUACAUUUGCUUAUAAAUUACGAAAUUCGGGUAUUGCUUUGAAUAAAUAUAUCUUGAGGAAUAUUUCAGCUAGAUUUAUUAUGAGUAAUUAUUUAGAUGAUGAUGUAGUUAAAAAUUAUGUUCCUGCUUGUAUUUGGUAUCCUAAUAUCCCCUUGAAAGAAACUUGUUUGAAAUUGAUUAAGAUAAAUGAUUUAUAUAAUUAUUUAGUUUAUUUUAUAUGUGUUUUUAAUAGUUGGAAUGAUGUUUAUUCUAGUUUAAAUUUAGUUCAAUUGUUUCGUUCUAGUAUUUCAUUGGCUAAAAAAUUCAAUAAUUAUGGUAUGUUGAAUUUUUGUAAUGAAGAUGAUAUAAUUGAUUCUUCUUUUAAUAAUAGUUUUAUAAAAUUUGGUAAUCAUUUAACGUAUAAUAGAAAAGUAAAAGAUGUAGAUAGUGAUGAUAUUUAUAUUAAUCAUUUUUUCUCUCAAAAGGUUUUUACUAAAUAUAAUAUGAGUUUAAUUCAUGAUGAAUUAUUAGAGUAUUCUUGGGAUGAAUAUGAUUCUGAUUGUUAUAUGUUAGAUAAAUUUGAUAAUACUUUAGGGUUGGGAUUUUUAGAUUAUAAUCAAUUGGAUCAGAAUAUAAUUUAUAAUGAAUUAUAUGAAACUUCUUUGAAUUUAGAAUAUUAUAAUCUCACAAUUGAUCGAUAA